CAGGAAGUCGGUGUCACUCGCUUGACUGGCAAUCCGACGUCGUCUUUCUCAAGUCAAGCUUUCGUGCCGAAAUUUAUGGGAAAGUUUUAGUCAGCGGAGCCAAAAAGGUCAGACCCUUAUAAGUGAAGAUUACAGUCAGAAAAAAGAUUGUUGUUCAUGCACUGAUCACCAUCCUAACAGCAUAGAAAUGACUCAAGGCCGCGUCAUUGUUGUUCUCACCUUCUUGAGCAUCAUCUUGGCUCGUUGCGAUUUUUCUGAUGCGAAAACUCUUAGAACCAACCAUGGAAAAGUAAACUACACAGAGGCAGAUAAAGAAUGCAGAUCAAAAGAUUUUAGAAGUCAUCUUGCAAAAAUUCAAACUAUCGAAGAACUUCAGUUGGCUAAAAAUGUAUCAAAUAAUACCAACGGUAUAAAGUACUGGAUGGGUCUCAACAUCUGGAAUGGUACUUGGAAAUGGAGUGAUGGAGAGGCUGCUGCUGGAAAACUUACCGAUAUUGUGAAAAAUUAUAAUGACACAGAAGCUUUGUCUAUGGAACCAAUGAUUUUCUGUUGUGUAGUAACCCAUGAUCCUUUCCUGGAGUGUAUCAAUUGCAGCGAGCAGCACGCCUUUCUAUGUGAAGACUUCCAAGAAAAUAACUACACUCAAGUGAAUUCUAAUGCGAGCUGCAUUCCAGCAUUUCCUCCAGUUACUGCAUCCGCAAGAAACGCUUCCUGUAUAUUCUAUGAGUAUAAAGGCGAAUUUUGCAAGGAUAUAAUCACAAGUUUGUACGUUUAUGGUAACCAAACGACACUGGAUUUUGGAGAAGUGGAAACUGAGACAUUUAAAACUUAUUUCAAAUGGUUUGACAUCUCAGAAAAAUGCCAGCCUAUAAUCAAAGAUUUAUACUGCCGCUAUCACUUCCGGCCUUGCGACGAAUCCCUCGGCAAGCCUACAGAUCGCAGGAUUUGUCGCAGCUCAUGCGAUUAUUUGAUGGACGAUGUUUGCAAAAAAGAGGCGGAUGUUCUCAAAAUGGCGGUGAGUUCGUCCCCAGAUUUCAACCCAAACAUGAUUAAUUGCUCGUUCUACCAACCGGCUAACGGUGGGGAUGCUCCUGAGUGCUAUGAGUGGCCAGAUAUCCCUGGUGACAACACAAACAGCAUAGAUUGUUACUUUGGAGUCGGUCUUGGUUACCGCGGUAAUGUGAACGUCACCCGGUCUGGUCGUACAUGUCAGUCUUGGAGAUCCCAGUGUCCUCAUCGUCACUGGCGGAUCCCUAAAGAUGUCGCAAAAUCCAAAAAUGACUCGAACCUGUGUCGUAACCCAGACAGCAGUGCCCCAGAUGGACCGUGGUGUUAUACCACAGACCCAAACGUCCGAUGGGAAUAUUGCAACGUAUCUCGUUGUCCUCCAAGAAGUAAAGAAUUACCGCCUCCUCCGAGACGCUUCACAGUAAAGAAUGUGCAGACAAGAUACUUGAUAUUGACUUGGGAUGAGCCAGUAAAUGCCAGUCUUUACCAAAUACAAAGCUUCACCAUAGAGCGAUGGACAUCAAGAUCGGAGAACGUUUCAGUGGCGAAGACAGUUCCUUACCCUGAGUCCAAAAUGAUUAUGAAUGACUUGGAACCCUCUACCGAAUACACUCUUAGAUUAUCAAGCAACAAUAUGUAUGGAAGGUCAGAUGGUGUAUUUUUAACCCAGAAUACACUGUCAGACAGGUUUAUUGUGAAUUUAAUGCUGAUCAUAGUUUUGCCGCUGGGCUUAGCAUUUAUAUUCAUCGUGAUUGUUUGUGUCAAGUUUGGAUCAAAUCGCAAUUCCAGGCCAAACAAAGUUUAUGAUGAGGUAAGUGUGUUUAAAUAUUUAAAAAGGAUUGAGUGGAUGAAGCUGAUUUUCCUCUUUUUCCCGCAGACAGAAAUUUUCAUUCGUCGCAACUGGGAGGAGAUUCGCAGAUCAGAUGUUAUCCUUCAAGAUAAGCUGGGGGAAGGCGCGUUCGGUGAAGUGUUUAAAGGCGUGGUGUGCAUAAAGGGAAAUACUAGGGCAUGUGCAGUAAAGAAGCUUAAAGCCAAUACUGCAGAAAAAGAGAAGGAAGACUUGCUCAACGAGCUUCAAAUCCUGGUCACAAUUGGUGAACAUCCUAAUAUCAUAAGUCUUAUUGGAGCGUGUACCAAGUCUGAAUCAAUUUUGGUGAUUGUUAGUUUGGCUCCAAAUGGCUGUUUGCUAAACGAACUGAAGAAGAACAGAGAAAAUCUAUACUACGGUGAUUCGAUAACAUCUGUCGGAUUCACACGCGUCGACAAAUUGAAGAUUGCAAGAGACGUCGCCUGUGGAAUGUCUCACCUCUCAAGCAAAAAGUGUGUUCAUCGUGACCUUGCUGCAAGAAACGUGCUUCUUGGAGACAGGAAUGUUGCGAUGGUUUCCGACUUCGGCUUGUCACGUGAUGUUUACGAAAGUGGCGAAUACGAGACUUUAUCCAGGGGAAUGUUACCAGUUCGUUGGAUGGCCCUUGAGUCUUUGGACUUCUUCACAUUCAACACGAAGACAGACGUGUGGUCGUUUGGAGUGCUUCUAUGGGAGAUCGAGUCAGAAGGUAUAAUGCCAUAUUGCGAACUUGGAGGAGCAAUGGAAAUCAUCGAAUAUCUACAGUCAGGACAAAUUUUAGCGAAGCCGGAUGGAUGCCCAAAUGAAAUUUACGAGAUAAUGAAGUCCUGCUGGGAUCUGGAUCCGAUGAAACGUCCAUCAUUUGUAGAUCUUUUGGCGUCACUUGAGAAAGAACUUACUAAAACAAAAGACGUAAGGAAAUAAUUAUCAUGACUGGUCGUGUUGAUGAUCAUGCGCGAAGGGAGAGGGAAAAGUUAAUAAUUGGGAAUUAAAAAUAAAUCCCUCACACUGUUACAUCAAUGUACAUACUGCUUAAUAACCAUAACAUUGCAUAAAAAAAUUUCUGUCUUAUAUUACAUACGCCAUGAGGAAUAGUGCAAAUUUAUUUUUACUUAAACUGAUAACUUACACCAAUGAUAGUUAUCACUAUCUCUGCCCCUGCCUUUUGAUGAUGUAAUUUUGUUGAUAAUAAAAAUGUCCUGAGAGGUUUGAUGGAGAUUUUCUCAUACAGUUAGUAGAUUGCAAUGAAAUAUCAUUAAAAAAAUCUGUGCUACAACAGAGAGCUUCACAGAUGGUUUUGAGUAAUUUUGGCAGCCACGAGAUUGCUACCUAGCUUCGGAGAUCGAACAAACCUUUAAACGUCACGACCUUAUCUUGUUCGUCUUUAGAAAACUUGCAUCAUUAAACGUAUUGAUUAGUCAGUAAUUCAGUGCAGAGAUAUUAUAUAGAAACGUUUAAUAUCCAGUUUCAUCUUUGUUAUAUCAUAACAUUUGCACAUUUGCCGUAUAUGCUGUUGCGUUAGUUUCCUUGUUUACUUUCAUCAGUUGACAGGAAGCAUUGACUCGUAAGAAACAGUUUUUGAGCCGAUACAUUGACUUUUACAACCGUAAUAUUGCAGUAUCUUUGUACGGAAGGGAAGUUAUUAUUUUUAUUUUGAACAUCAUUAUCAUUAUUAUGGAUCAGCCGCGUCUUUCCCUUGUAUUUCCUGUUGUUACAUACAGUAUAAGUGAAAUGAUUACUAAACGAUGUCUCUUGAUCACUUGUGUGAAAUAAAAUGAUCGCAAAACGA